AUGGGCGGUCUGGAGGUUCUUCGGAAGGCAAAGACAAUUUCUCUUAGGCAAAACCUCAUCAAAUGCAUUGAGAGCUUGGACAGCCUUGUCUCAUUGAGGGAACUCGAUCUUUAUGACAACCAGAUCCGCAAACUAGAGAAUCUUCAGGCCCUAACAGAGCUUGAGCAGCUAGAUGUAUCGUUCAACUUACUGAGGAAGAUUGAGGGAUUGGAGUGUCUCACAAAAAUCACGAAACUCUUCCUGCUUCAUAAUAAGAUUAUGAGCAUUGCCAACCUCGAUCAACUGACGAGCCUCCAGAUGCUGGAGCUGGGCUCUAACCGCAUCAGGGUUAUUGAGAAUCUGGAUUCUCUUACUUCUUUGGAGAGUUUGUUCCUCGGCACGAAUAAAAUCUCUCGGCUACAGAACCUUGAUGGAUUGCACAGUCUGACGGUUCUCAGUAUCCAGAGUAACCGCAUCACGAAGUUGGAGGGACUCCAGAAUCUUGUCAGUCUGCGAGAGCUUUACUUGAGUCAUAAUGGCAUUGAAGUCAUUGAGGGCCUGGAGAACAAUAAGAAGCUGACAACUUUGGAUAUCGCUGCAAACAGGAUAAAAAAGAUUGAAAAUAUCAGCCAUUUGACUGAAAUAAAAGAAUUUUGGAUGAACGACAACCAAAUUGAUAACUGGGCAGACUUGGACGAACUCAAGAACGCCAAAGGUCUAGAGACUGUCUAUCUGGAGAGAAACCCUCUGCAGAAGGACCCUCAGUACAGACGCAAGAUCAUGUUGGCUCUUCCCAAUGUCAGGCAGAUUGAUGCCACCUUCAUCCGUUUCUGAUCAUCCACCUCAUUGUGCCCUCCCUCACCCAAACCAUCCACAGCAUAUUAUAAACACACCACUACCAUAUUUCCCUCAUAGACACCGUCUGGUGUCUGCCCUAUUUAUCUCUUUUAUUUACUUUUUAACAACAAAAAAGAAGAAUCUCACACUCCCAGUGUUGCCAUUCCAUGUGUUGGCACCUUUAACUCACACAGAGACUGUAUACCUAUGCUCUGACUUAUGCUGUAGUGUGAAUUGCUUGUUAAUUUAUUUUCAGUUUAGGACAUGAUUAGUCUGAACUCAAAGGAGCCAAUGCCUGUUGCUCUCGAAAUUAUAUCAGCGCUAAAUCUUACUGCCCUUAGCAUUUUGGUAAGGAAAACAUAGCAUCGUAGUUAUCCCUUCUUGCUCCCUCCAUCCAUGUAGGUAAUUUUAAAAUCAGACAUUUCCGCCAUGUAUGAUUUACAUCAGGCAUUGAGGUCUUAUUUACUAUACGAGGUGGUAAAAAGGUCAGAGUUCACAUUGCAUUCAGAGACUGAAGAUGGCUAUGAGGAAAUUCUUAUUCUUUAAUGUGAUCAGGGACUAUUUCUUUGAGUGUUGUGCUCUUAUGAAUUCAAUUCGCAUAUCAGUUCUGUUUCUGGUUGUAUCAGUAUGUUAACAUUUUGGCUGGUUGAAAUGUGACAUGACUCAUAUUGUUCAUUCUUUAGAAAUACUGAAUAUAUUAAAAGGGAUUCAUUCCACUUUAAAACUAAGGUUAUGCCAAUCAAGUCAUUUUAGGUAAUUAGUAUUUUUCUGUAAUUAGAGUUUGUUU